CUGACUGUAGAUCUGACUUCCCUUUAGGUAAUUGAAGAGGAAAACUUGAUUAAAAAUGCAGAAAUAAUGGGUAACAUACUAAGAAACGAGCUCAUGAAAACACCGUCUGAUAUUGUAACUUCCGUGAGAGGAAAAGGACUAUUAAAUGCAAUUGUAAUUCGUGAAACCAAAGACUACGAUGCUUGGAAGGUGUGCUUGCGGCUUCGGGAUAACGGACUCCUUGCCAAACCUACGCAUGGCGAUAUCAUCCGGCUGGCGCCGCCGCUCGUGAUUAAGGAGGACGAAAUCAGAGAAUGCAUUGAAAUCAUUCAUAAGACCAUUCUGUCUUUCUGA